AUGAGGGCGGCGGCGCGCUCCUUUGCGGUCAACCCGCACUCCAUGUUCGCCGACGUCGAGCGCGCCGAGCUGUACUGCGCGGCGUGCGCGAGGUACACGUACUCGCCCGAGUUCGAUCGCCUCGUGCUGGGGACGCGCGCGAUUGCGAUGGGUGUGAGAGCCUCGGACGCGGGGGUUGCCGCGGCGACGACGGCGAAGAAGCGUAAGAAGCCACCGACGAGGGAUAUAUCCAAGAUCGACGUCGUCGGGAACGGUGCGGCGCCGCUGGCGAGCGUCAACUCGCACGGGGUGCCUCGGGGCCUGCGCGGCAUGGCUAACCUGGGCAACACGUGCUUCCUGUCCACCGUGCUGCACGCGGUGGUGAGGGCCCCGACUGUGGGAGGGUUCUUCCUCAAGGACGGACAUGUCAGGGAGCUGUGCACGGCGAAGCGCGACGAUGAGCACUGCCUGGCGUGCGAGCUGGACGAGAUCGUGGCGGGGGCGUACUCCGGGAGCUCCGACCCCCUGGUGCCGAGCAACUUUUUGCACAGCUGGUGGAUGCAAUCGCCGGAGCACCUGGCGAAGCACAAGCAGCACGACGCGCACGAGUUCUUCCUGUCCCUCGUCGCCGCCGUGCACACCAACCUGACGACGAGCGAACGCGGAGGAGCCGGGAGGAGCGGGGGCGGGGCGGUGCUGGUGGAGGAGUGUCGGUGCCCCAUGCACGCGGCGUUCGCGGGUGUGCUCAGGUCCGAGGUGACGUGUGGGGCGUGCGGAUACGCGUCCACGGUGCACGACCCGACGGUGGGCCUGUCGCUGGACGUGCCUUUAAGCGGGAACGCGACUGGUGGGUCGAGGCAACGUUCGGUGACAUUGGAGGCGUGCCUCAGUGCGUUCGCGAGGCCCGAGCACAUCGGCAUGAACGAGUCGUUCCCGUGCGGGAGGUGCGGGGACUCGGCACGGGCCAAGACGAAGCAGAUGGCUGCGCGUCGACUUCCCCCCGCGCUCGUGCUGCACAUCAAGAGGUUCGAGACCAGCUUCGUGGGCAAGGCCGGGUCGAAGAAAAGCGGUCUUGGGAUCGGGGACUCCGUCGUGGUCGGUCGUAAGAUUGACGUUCACGUGUCCUUUCCCUUCGUGCUGAGCAUGCGGCCCUACUGCGCGUCGGCGGCGCUCCGGUCGAGAUACGGGAACAGGGUUCCCGCGGAUGCCUCGCACGACGAUCAGGCCAAGUACGACCUUUACGCCGUGGUGGUGCACAGCGGGACGAUGGAGAGCGGACAUUACAUCGCGUACGUGCAGUGGCAGGGGGUGUGGUUCAGGUGCGACGACCAUCAGGUCACCAGGGCGGAUCCGGCGACGGUUGCGCAAGCGCAGGCCUACAUGUUGUUCUAUCAGGCCCGGCCGCCGUGA